GGCGGCCAUGGAGGCGGCGCGGCGGUGGCUGGCGCUGUGCUGGGCGCUGGCGCUGGCGGGGCCCGGGAGGGCCCAGGAGCAGGCGCGCGCGGAGGAGAAGUGCCAUUACUACGCGGGGGGCCAGGUCUACCCCGGGGAGGCGGCGCGCGUGCCCGUGUCCGACCACUCCCUGCACCUCAGCCAGGCCAAGAUUUCCAAGCCGGCACCUUAUUGGGAAGGAACAGCAGUAAUUAAUGGAGAGUUUAAAGAGCUGAAAUUAACAGAUUAUCAAGGAAAAUAUCUUGUCUUCUUCUUCUACCCUCUUGACUUCACAUUUGUGUGUCCAACUGAAAUUAUCGCCUUCAGUGACAGAAUUGAAGAAUUCAGAGCAAUAAACACUGAAGUGGUAGCAUGUUCUGUUGACUCACAGUUCACUCACUUAGCAUGGAUUAAUACUCCACGAAAACAAGGAGGACUUGGACCAAUGAAGAUCCCACUUCUUUCAGAUUUGACACACCAGAUUUCAAAGGAUUAUGGAGUAUAUCUAGAAGACCAAGGGCACACACUUAGAGGCCUUUUCAUUAUUGAUGAUAAGAGGGUCCUUCGACAGAUAACAAUGAAUGACCUUCCCGUCGGCAGAUCAGUGGAUGAAACACUUCGUCUAGUACAAGCAUUCCAGUACACUGACAAACAUGGAGAAGUUUGCCCUGCUGGUUGGAAACCUGGCAGUGAGACAAUCAAACCUGAAGAUGCCAUGAGAGUGUGGUGGCCAAGACAAGAGCUGUAAGUAAACUCUGAGGCACUUGAGUACAGAUGUUAAUUUAUGGAAAUAAUUCCAAGUUCACUUACGGGGAAAAAAAUCAGACUGGAGUACAUUCUUUCAACAAGGCAGAUUCUGUUUCCUUCUUGAACUCCACGUCCUCCUCCAUCACCCCCUACUGCCCUCCACUGUUUAGUGUUCAUUAGAAAUAAGCAGUAACCUUAGAUCUGAACAGGUGAAAGGUAAUUUCUAAAUGUAGUGUGUGACCAUUAAUGCCAGAAUAUGAGGUAGAUAAUUUGUUCCUUUUGUUUUUAGACCAACACU